UCAGGAGGACCUUAUUAUCCCCUUUCAUUUGGCCGAAGAGAUGGAUUGACUGCAAGUGAGAAGGCAGCUAAUGAACAAUUGCCGUCACCUAUUGAGCCACUGGAAAACAUCACUGCUAAGUUCACAUCAAAGGGUCUCGACAUCAAGGAUGUUGUAGUCCUCUCAGGAGCGCACACCAUAGGUUUUGCUCAAUGCUUCACCUUCAAAAGGAGGCUCUAUGACUUCAAAGGCACUGGCAAGCCUGACCCCAUACUCGAUUCUUCGGCCGUGGCAAACUUACAGGGCAUGUGUCCAAACAAGGAUACAUCGAACAGCAAUCUUGCUCCUCUCGACUCAGCAAGCACAAACCAAUUUGACAAUGCUUAUUAUGUGAACCUCGUGAAUAACGCUGGCCUUCUUGAAUCUGAUCAAGCUCUGAUGGGGGAUUCAAAGACUGCUGCAAUUGCUACUGCCUACAGUUCAAAUUCGUAUCUUUUCUCAGCUGAUUUUGCAGCAUCAAUGACGAAGCUUAGCAAUCUUGGGAUACUUACAGGGAGCAAUGGGCAAAUUAGAAAGAAAUGUGGGUCUCAAGUGUUAGUAGCAACUGCCCAAGCGGCUGUUGCUAGCAUUCCUCAUCUGUUGAAACUGUGUAGUGUCCGGCCUUGUUCACUUUCCCUCGGCAAAUCACAAAUAGGGAGUGCCGACGUCUCAGUGCAUCUAUUACCAUGCGGUGCCAGUCGCCGUAAAAACCCUUCUUUUGGAGGGGAUUCCGAUUCACAUGGAUCUCCUAAAAUUGGAGGAGGUUCUGAUGACUUAAGUGGUCAUGGUUCAUAUGGAUCUCCUCCUGCUGCUAUAGCUCAGACAGGUUACGAUUAUUAUGAUAACUCAUACCCAACAUUGCCCAGAAUAUUGUUAGGCAUGGUGUCUUGGAAGCUUUCCAUAAUGACACCAGAAUUGGUGUAUCCCUCCUUCGGCUGCACUUUCUUACUGUUUUCUAAAUGUGAUGAAGCCUUGCAAACUGCUGCUUAUAUUUUUAGACCAAUAGAGCUAGCUGAUCUUGAAGAUGACAUGGGUUCUUGGAGUUCUCAAACUCGAAAGAUUGUUUUUGAGGAAGAGCGUGUGAUGCUUCCUAUGCCCAUCAUUGUACCUUCUGUUACUGUGCAAUCACCUACAGAGAAUCCAGUUACCUAUCAAGCACCAUCUCCUCAAACACAACCUAUUGAUAUAAAGCUUGUACUCGAGAAACGCACCAUAGGCCUUUCACACUCUCGAGGCAUGUGUCCCAACAAGGAUUCGUCAAACACCAAUCUUGCUCCAUUUGACGUGAUAAGUGCACACCGAUUUGAUAUUGCAUACUAA